AUGGGAUUCUCCAAGAAAGGUCAAGGGGCUUUAGGUAAGAGGCGCUGCGUGCUGACGAAGAAGCAGCCCUACAGCGGAGACGAGUGGUGCUCCGGGCCGGAUACGGACGACGAGGACAAGCUGCACGCCAACGCCCAGCGUGAGCGGGGGCUGGCGGGUCCCGUCCAGGUUCUCUCCGACCGACUCCUGUCUGAACCGGGGGUUCCUCUCCUGGCCUGUGGGGUUCUGAAAACAGAACCCCCUCAGCCCUCACAGCAACUGAACUCCAGCAGCUCCCCGCCCACAGGAACCCCUAAAUCCCAGAGCGGGACCCCUCGCCCGGCCUCUGCUGGAGUGGGGGGGGGGCACUCCGAUACCGACUCCCCUCAGACCAGGGGAGCCCCCGGAGGGACCACGCCCGGAGGCCUUGAUCCCGGAAACGGGGAUCCCCCCGGGGGAGGCCCUCCCCUCCCGGUGGGUACCACCUCCCCAUCGGGGAGCCCCUCCAUCCUGUCGGCGCACCUCCAGGGGGACGGCCUCCAGAGGAGCGGCCCCCCCAGCACAGACGGCCUUUCCAGGGAGCAGCUCGAGCACAGAGAGAGAUCUUUGCAGACCCUGAGGGACAUAGAGAGACUCUUUCUACGUACCGGAGCAGGGGGAGGAACCCCUGGAGAUCCCGGAGUAUCCAACAACCCUAACCUUAACAACCCUAACAACCCAAACAACAUGAAUACAAACAGCAAUCCUGACCGGGGUGCUAUCGAGGACACCGGGUCUGGGAAUUGCGUUAGCGGUAGCAUGCUAUCCUCGGCCUUGACUUCUGUCGGGGGGAUGAAGAAGUACGAAGAGCCCCUCCAGUCCAUCAUCUCCCAGACGCGCUCCCUUGGAGGAGCAGCCCUUGAUAGCCCUGAAAUGGAGUCCCAUCACCACCAAAGCUUACAGCAACACCCCCAUCACCAGAUGUCUUCCCCCGGGGAGGACAUGGGCCCCUUGAUCGGUCCGGAGGGGCUCACCCGGGAGCAGAUGGCCUGGAGGAAGCUCCAGGAGGAGUACUACCAGGAGAAGAGGCGGCAGCAGGAGAUGCAGCCCCCUGCACACCCCCAGCACUUUAGGAUGAUGACGGAGGUGGGAAUGCACGGAGGAGGCCCCGUCAUGAUGAGGGGACCCCCGCCUCCCUACCACAGCAAACCCGGAGAGCAGCACUGGAAUCCCGCCGGUAUGAUGGGAGGCGGAAUGGGUGGGAACGGGAGGAUUAUGGACAUGAACCAAGAUGGACCCCGGGGCCCAAGGUUCAUGGGACAGAUGCCUAGAGGGCAGCCUGGAGGAGGAGCCUAUCCCUGUAGUCCGGGAGGGGGUCUACCUAUCGAAAGUAUAGGGCCCCAAAGGCCCAACCGACCUGGGAUGAUCUGGUUGGAGGAUAUGCCCAACAACAUCGGAGGGGGUCAGUUCCACGGAUGCUACACGGGUGGGAAUCCGCAGGUUCUCCAGGGAGACCCGGAGCUCCUCACCAGGGAGGAGAUGUUCCGGAUCAUGGAGAAGAGGCACAUGCAGGGAGUCUCCCGGUUUGAGUUGGACCGGUUAGCCAAACAGCAUCAGCAGCAACAGGGAAACGCGGGGGCCAGAAUCAUGGACGGCCUCGGGGGGCCGGACUUUCCCAACUUGGCCAUGCGGGGUCCGCACCCCGGCCGAGGGGAUCCGAUGGACUUUCCCAGUUCACGGGAGAUAAUUUGCUCUCCUGGGCCGGGUCCUCAGAUGGAUUCGCCUCUAGGGGGCGGAGUCACGAUGGGAAUGAACCCUCAGAUGAACCUUCAACAGCAGCAGAUGAUGCUCUCUCAGAGGCUCAGAGGAGGCCACCCCUCGUUAGGGGAGAUGUUCGGCCCUGGGGAGAUUUCAAGGAUGAGCUCUACCCAAAACGGACGAGGAGGAAACAAGGGAAUGAUCCCAGGACCAGACGGUCCCUUCCAGUUCCCGAAUCACGGCCCCUUCCCUGGAAACCAAGCCGGGGGGCCUUACCUCCAACAGCCUGAGAUGUUCGGGCCCGAUCAGCCCGGUCCAAAUCCGAUGGGGGGGGGCACCUCCCGGUUGAGUCACAUGCCCCUGACUGGAGGCCUUAGAGGAGCAGAGCUUGGUCCAAGGAACCAAUCUGAAAUCAGUGUGAACCCCCUCAGUUCCCCAUCAGGGCCUUCCCCCCACCAGCUCAAGUCCCCGUCCCUGAACCAGAAACCAUCUCCUCUCUUACCCUCCCCCUCCGCCCCCGGACUGAAGUCGCCCCUCUCCUCUGCGGGGCACCACCCCCCCCUCCCCCCCGCCUCCGGGGCAGGGACUCCCUGCUCUUCCUCGGUGAAAUCCCCGCAGAUUUUGGGGUCUUCCGGCCUCGGGUUGCACUCUCCGGCCGCCUCCCCGGGACACCUGAAGUCCCCGGUGAUGGCGGUGGGGUCUCCGGGGUGGGCCUCCCCCAAAACGGCUCUGCCCAGUCCGGGGAACGGUCCAGGGGCCGGGAAGAUGGUGGGAAAUGGAGGAAGUAGCUCCACCGAAACAGGUACACUCCUGCCAAGGCCAAAAAUGGUCUAA